AUGCUGCUGCCUCCGCUGCUGAACCAGAACUUUAGUCUCGCUGUCUGCGAAUUCACUCACUGGCAGGACAUCAUGUCUCGUGUUCUGACGUGGACGCAAGCGGCGCUUGCGCUGUCUUCUUUGACUCUAGCACAGGACUCUUCUGCUUCAUCACCGCCUAUCGAUGGCCUGACUACUGCGGUGUUCGCUUCCUCAACUGGCUCGAUUGCUAGUGCUACUGUUUCGGGUGCUACGAGUACUUACUCCAUUCCGUUUACAGUACCGGCCUCAGCCGAUAUUGGCCCUAACAUCCUCCCAAAUAUCAAGGAUCCCAACGCCAAACAAGCACAGGCUUUGUGUCCCGGUUACAAGGCGAGCAAUGUGGAACAUACGUCCAUUGGCUUUACGGCCAUGCUCACCUUAGCUGGCGAAGGAUGCAACGUGUAUGGAACCGACAUUGAAACUCUUGCACUAGAACUCGACGUACAGAGCUCGCACAGGCUUCACCUCUCGAUCCAGCCCUACUACCUCGACAGCAGCAAUGCGUCACAAUACAUUUGGAGCGAGACGAUUGUGCCUGCUCCUCAGAACGAAGCAGGCUCGCAAGAGGUCGAUCUUCAGUUCACCUACAGCAAUGACCCAACCUUCAGCUUCACUGUAGUCAGGAAGUCCACUGGGGAUGUGCUUUUCGACACGACCGGGAGCGUGCUGGUGUUUGAGAAUCAGUUCAUCGAAUUUGUUACUCAAAUGCCGGAGAGCUACAACAUUUACGGCAUGGGCGAACGUAUUCACGGACUUCGUCUUGGCAACAAUUUCACAGCCACUUUUUAUGCUGCGGAUGUUGGUGACCCGAUUGACGAAAACAUCUAUGGUGUACACCCAUUCUACCUGGACACACGAUACUUUGAGGUUGAUCAGGAAACUGGCUUACACACUCUUGUCACUUCCAACGAUACCACAGCGAAUAGCACCUACGUUGGUCACAGCCAUGGUGUGUUCUUGCGGAACGCUCAUGGCAUGGAGGCACUCAUGAACCCUACCAACCUGACUUGGCGCGCGAUCGGAGGUAGCAUUGACCUGUACAUCUUUGAUGGACCCACUCAGGACGCCGUGACCAAGCAAUAUCAGACGGGUGCCAUCGGAUUGCCUGCGAUGCAGCAGUAUUGGAGCUUUGGGUUCCAUCAAUGCCGCUGGGGUUACAAGAAUUGGACAGAGCUCGAGAACGUGGUCAAUACCUAUCGAGACUUCGACAUCCCUCUCGAGACGAUCUGGACCGACAUCGACUACAUGUUUCAGUACAGAGACUUUACGAACGACCCAAACACAUUUCCGUAUGCCGAGGGACAAGAAUUCUUGAGCCGCCUGCACGCCGCCGGACAGCACUAUAUUCCAAUCGUGGACGCAGCCAUUUACAUUCCGAACCCGAACAACGCUUCCGAUAACUAUUCCAUAUACACAGAUGGCAACGAUCGAGGUGUCUUCCUCAGCAACCCGGAUGGCAGUCAGUAUAUUGGUUCAGUGUGGCCAGGAUACACAGUCUUCCCAGAUUGGCACGCCAACGAGUCUGUGGCUUGGUGGACGGACAGCAUGCUUGAGCAUCACAAGAACUCGCCCUGGGACGGUAUCUGGAUCGACAUGUCAGAGGUCUCUUCGUUCUGUAUUGGCUCGUGCGGAACUGGUAACCUGUCAUUGAACCCGGUGCACCCUCCCUUCGGUCUGCCUGGCGAGCCAGGGUCGAAGAUCUAUUCCUACCCUGAGGGAUUCAAAUUGACCAACGCAACCGAAGCAGCUGUAGCAUCCUCGCUCUCAGCAUCCCAGUCAAGCUCUGUCGCUGAAGCUACGCCCGCCGGAAGCUCCACGACCGCGUAUUUUACCCCUCCAGCCAUCACUCCAGGCGUCAGAAAUGUCAAUCAGCCACCUUAUGCCAUCAACAACGUUCAAGGCGACCUCGCCGUGCAUGCUGUCAGCCCUAACGCCACCCAUGUGGACGGCGUCGAGGAGUAUGAUGUGCACAGCUUGUUCGGGCAUCAGAUCCUCAACGCUACCUACCAAGCUCUACUUGAGGUCUUCCCAGGCAAGCGUCCUAUGAUCAUCGGUCGUAGCACCUUUGCUGGAAGCGGCAAGUGGGCAGGCCACUGGGGUGGUGACAACACUUCACUCUGGGCAUACAUGUACUUUUCGAUCAGUCAAGCUCUGAACUUCGCUCUCUUCGGCAUUCCAAUGUUUGGCGUGGACACGUGCGGUUUUAAUGGCAACUCGGACGAAGAGCUAUGCAAUCGCUGGAUGCAACUGAGCGCCUUCUUCCCUUUCUACCGCAACCACAACACUUUGUCUGCGAAUCCACAAGAGGCGUACGUCUGGGAGUCUGUUGCAGACGCAUCGAGGAAGGCCAUGGCAAUUCGAUACUCGCUUCUGCCAUACAUGUAUACGCUGUUCUACUUGGCUCACACCACCGGCAGCACAGUCAUGCGAGCUCUGUCUUGGGAGUUCCCGAACGAUCCAUCUCUGGCCGCUGUGGACAAUCAGUUCCUCCUUGGACCUGCUCUGCUCGUCACACCUGUUCUUGGCCAAGGCAUGAAAGAGGUGCAGGGUGUCUUCCCUGGAGUCGCUCAAGGAGAGAUCUGGUACGACUGGUACACGCAAGAAGCCGUCACUGCUCAGCCUGGCGAGAACGUGACCAUCUCCGCACCUCUGAGCCACAUUCCAGUGUUUGUGCGAGGCGGAUACGUUCUCCCUCGUCAAGAGGCGCUAUACACUACCACAGAGUCUCGCAACAGCUCAUGGAGUUUGCUGACUGCUCUCGAUAACAACGAAGCAGCUUCUGGAAUCCUGUACGUUGACGAUGGCGAGAGCGUUACGCCAAACGCUACACUCAUUGUCGACUUCACGGCAUCAAACGGCUCGUUGUAUGCUUCAACCCGCGGUCUCUAUGAAGACACAAACAGUCUCGCCAACGUCACUGUGCUGGGUGUGCAGGAUGAGCCUGGCAACGUAACGCUGAACGGCCAGGCCGUCAGUUCCGGUGUGACAUACAACAGCACGAGCAAAGUGUUAAGUCUCGUGGGCUUGGAAAAUCUCACUACGGAAGGAGCAUGGAAGAACGAUUGGGCUUUGACAUGGUCUUGA